UCGGCGGGACGGCGCGGCGCUGAAGAGCGCGGAGCUCCCGCCGGCGCGGUCGCCAUGCACAGGAAACACCUCCAAGAGAUCCCAUCGUCCAGCAGCAAUGUUUCCACCGGUUUCACCUGGGACUGGGAAUCCAGCAAGACCUCGGAGAUUCUCUCGGGUAUGGGAGUGUCUGUCCUUAAGAAGGACAAGCUGGGCAAUGAAAACACGCCACAGGACCUGCUGGUGUCGUCGCCCUGUCCUCCUCAGAAACGACAGAAGGUGAAGGAGAAGGAAAAGGAUUUUGUCAUUGUGCGCCGGCCUCGGUUGCUUCGAGAGACAGAGUCAGGUGUUUCUUGGGAUGCACUUCCAGAUGAAUUGCUUUUGGCAAUUUUUGCAUAUUUGCCCCUAAAUGACUUGCUAAAAGUUUCCCAGAUUUGCAAGAGAUGGCAUCGUCUUUCGUUUGAUGAAUCUCUCUGGCAGACUCUGGAUCUGACUGGUAGAAAUCUGCUGCCAGGAGUGAUUGGACAGUUGCUGCCUGCAGGUGUUACUGUAUUCCGCUGCCCAAGAUCUUGUAUUGGGAAUCCGUUGUUUAAAACAAGCAAGCCUCUCAGAGUUCAACAUAUGGAUCUGUCGAACUGUACAGUGUCUGUUGCAGACCUCCAGAGCAUUCUUUGUCUGUGUGAAAAGCUGCAGAACCUCAGCCUGGAGGGACUAGUGCUUUCUGACGACAUCAUCAAGAGCGUUGCUAAGAAUCCCAGUUUGAUGCGAUUAAAUCUGUGUGGGUGCUCAGGGUUUUCUGCAGAAGCCUUGGAGCUGAUGUUGAGCAGCUGUUCUCUGUUGGAGGAGCUGAACUUGUCCUGGUGUGACUUCACAGCCACCCAUGUCAAAGCUGCAGUCAAUCAUGUUACUUCAAAAGUAACCAAAUUAAAUUUAAGUGGAUACAGACAGAAUCUACAAAUAACAGAUGUUAAAACACUGGUGGAAAGAUGUCCUUUUCUCGUCCAUUUAGAUCUGAGUGACAGCGUGAUGUUGAAGCCUGAGUGCUUCCAGUAUUUUCAUCAACUUAUCUUUCUACAACAUCUGUGUCUUAGCCGCUGUUACCAGAUAUCACCUGCUGCCUUAGUAGAACUUGGUGAAAUUCCAACUUUAAAGACUCUUCAGGUAUUUGGAAUAGUGACUGAUAGCUCCCUACAGCUCCUCAAGGAAACGCUUCCUGACAUGAAGAUCAAUUGUUCACACUUUACAAGUAUCGCAAGGCCAACUGUUGGCAGUAAAAAGAACCACGAGAUUUGGGGCAUCAAAUGCAGACUGACGCUGAGAAAUCCUAGCGACUUAUGAUCAUGUACAAUGUACCGGAUGCGAUGGACACACUGCGUGUAGUGAAGCUCCUUAAGAAGCAGAGUGCUGGAGCACCUUUAAUCAUAGUACUGUUACUGUAAAAAGCAUUCUAACUUGGUCUUAUGCCUUAAUGUAGUUUCAGAAAUAUUUUUACAAUAUCUUUUUUUACUUCAAGUCUUUAGAAAUUGGAUGAUCUGUAAGCAUUUGUAGACUUUUUCUUCAAUUCUUUUUAAAAAAUAUUAUGAAACAAUUAUUGUAAUUAAACAAUGUCAGCCUGCAGCAACUGUUGCAGGUUCUGAUGCAGCUUUUGUUGCUCUGAGGUAUUCUAAAGGUGCUUUUGGUUAGCUCUUCCAGGAGCUCUUGAAGAGUUCAGCUCCUGAAAUGGCUUGUAGAGGUGCUAGAUAUCUUAAUAAGGCUUAUUAAGGAAUUGUAUUUGAAUUUGCAGAACUCGAAUAAUGGUAUUUAACCUAUUCAAAUCCUUAACUGAGCAAGAUGUAUAAUAAGAUGAGAAGCUACCCACUGUUUGUGAGAGGGACAGAGGACUCAGUCUGAAUUCACCAAACCUGAAAACAGUAAGAAGGAGAAGGAUGUCUACAGAAAAACAGCUGAGACAGCUCAAUACUGUACAAGUUAAGAAGCACUAUAAAGGAGCUACAGUGGAGUUUUUCUUUUGCAGGCCACAAAGUAACAUCUGUUUUAGUAUUCUUGAUUACUUGCAAAAUAUAGACUGAAAAGCCCAUUCAGGAUAAGCAUCUGUAAAAGUAGAUGCUGAUUAUCAUUUUUUUCAUGCUGUGGUGCUGUUUUCUGAUUAAGUAUUACAGAACUUUAAUGUAGCUUCUGUGAGCCUGAUCUCAGAUAAAAUUUCUUAAAGCUGUUCUCUUAAUUCCUUUAAAGAGUAAGAAAGAUCUUUCAACUGCAACUGAUAAAUUGGCAGAAGUCAUGCAGGAGGAGGUCUCAAAUGGUUCUAGAUCUCAGACCAAAACCUGGGACUGCAGCACAAGAAUGCUGAAAGGAAGAGAUGCUUUGGUGCUAUUAAGAAACAUCAAUUUCUCUUUUAUAAUAGCUUAUAUUUGUAAUAUUUCACUUCUUGUAUCUGUAACACUAACCACUACUCUCUACUGUUAAUUUUUUUUAAAGUCCUAUGAAAAGCUGAGUAACUGUCCAAAAAAAACCCACCCAGACAACCCAACAAACCUCCAGGAUAGGGACAGAUAAUGACUUUAAAAAAAAAAAAUGUAGAUCUGGGUUUAUCAUCAGGGUCCUUGUGCAUAAGCCUGGAAUGUUCCAAAAGGUGUGUUAGUUGAGAAGUCCUAAGGUCAAACUUGGACCCUGUGUGGUGCAUGAACAUGCUGCUGCUGUUCCUGUGACUGCAGUAAGCAAGCCAGUGGUGAAUUUAUUCAUGGAUAUGGUUUAAGAUUAGCCUACAGCAAUACUGCAGGGCUGUUGCAUAGUGUUUCCCAUCUCAAUCUGAAGAAAAGUGUUCAGAAAUAUAUACCUGGUAGUAGAGAAUAGAUUAAUUACUGUGGAAAGAUUGUAUGAGUACUAGAAUUUGAUACCUGACCUUCUAUAGUAUAGCAAAUACAGCAUUGUCUUGUUAAUCUGUUCUAAGCGACUUGAGUCACUAAAGGGCUUGUGCCCCUUACAAGGGGGCAACAUACCAUCUCAUGUUGGAUGGAAGGUUGGAGGAUACUGGAUAUUCUGCUGCUUCACAGCUUGCAGCCUUAGGUUUAUGCCUUAAAUUACUUCAAGAAAGAAAGUAAAUCUUUGCAGCACAGCACUAGUGUAAAUUCUUCUCCCUGUGCACAAUGUAACCCCAUACAAUUUCUCUUGCAUUUAAUAA